CUGUGGUCACACUCAACUUACUGCCGCUGCUAAAAUGUCCGUUACCUUGCACACAGACGUGGGUGAUAUCAAAAUCGAACUUUUCGUCGAGGCUUGCCCCAAGGCGUGUGAGAAUUUCCUGGCGCUAUGUGCGAGUGAUUACUACAGCGGCUGUUGCUUCAUACGAAAUAUUAAAGGAUUCAUUGUACAAACCGGAGAUCCUACAAACACCGGCAAGAAUGGACAGUCCAUCUGGGGCACUAAAUUUGAUGACGAAUUUAAGGAAACUAUAAAGCACACGGACAGAGGCAUGGUCUCCAUGGCAAACAAUGGUCCCAAUGCAAAUGCCAGCCAAUUUUUCAUUACCUAUGCUGCACAGCCAAAUCUUGACUUGAAAUACACACUCUUUGGCAGAGUUAUAGACGGCUUUGAUGCACUCGAUGAGCUGGAAAAGCUGCCUGUUAAUCCCAAGAACUAUCGCCCGCAUGUGGAUAAGAAAAUCAAUGGAGUAACGAUACAUGCCAAUCCUUUAGCAGCGUGAUUAAAGAUAAUAAACCAUAGUAAAUGCUCUA